UUCUGCUUCUUUGGAGUUCGCAACUAAAAACGAAGUUGUAUAAUAUUUGAUGGUUCAACCUUCUUGGACAAAUAUGGUUUGUUCUGAUCCGAGGCGGCUGCAGAUACAUGCUCUCUCCAAGAAUUCCUAACUGUUUAUGUCUCUAAGAACUAGAUGUAUAUCUAAAGGCUAUGCUGUAUGCAGCUUUCUAAAUAUAUAUUUUUUGUCAUACAUGCUAACUACCAUGUUCUUUCUUGUUCAUUUCUCCUUCUCAUCAACGACACUCACUCUUCAGCUCUAGCAAAGACAUGGCAGAAGAAGCUCAGAACAACCAACUUCCUCUUAGAGGCCCUCGUCAUGUUGAGGCGAAGAAUGAAGUUCCACGCGAUUUGCAGGCACCAUUUGCGCUCCUCAACAGGUACGGGAAUAAACUGAAGCGUCUCAAUCAUCUCCAAACAGAAGAAAGAAAUGUGUUGAGGCCAGAAGGGGGAGAAAAUGCCUCGAAUUCUCAAGCACUUUCUGCUCUUACCAUCAUGAAUAUGGCUGAAAUGAUACUAUCUCAGUCCACACAUGAGAAAAGAGGUGAUGUUUCCAACCUUGCAAAAGCUUUUGAAUCUGAUUCUUGUCUUGCUCGUAGGCAUGCUGAGCAUUUGAAGCGCGUCUUAUGGCUGCUUGAUGCUUCUGAAAAGAUUGCCAAACGAAUGUUUGAUGAAGCCGAAGAGUUGCUCAUGCUUGUCCUCUCGGGCUCUGCUGAUGGCCACCCUAUUGAAACAAUUCUCACACUUUAUGGUAAAUAUCUAAGGGAAAGGAUUGAUGCAGAGAGAGGAAGAAUCGAUCUAGAGAGAACUGUAGAGCAUGUGGAUGUGGAACAAGCCAUAAUUGAUCUCAAAGCUUCUAUCCUUGGAUGUGAACAAAAACUACCCUACACCCAAAUCUCACAUUUUACCGGGGUUCAGACCAUUCUGGACUCUGUUGCAGAAGCUGAAAGAAUUCAUUUCAUUGAUUUCGGGCGAAAGAUUGGGUCUUACUGGAUACUCGUGAUGGAUGCUCUAGCCAGACGGAGAGGCUGCCGCGUGAAGCAACUCAAGAUUAGUGCAGUAUGUUCAACUAAAGACAGUGUUGAAGAAACAGGUAAUUUGCUGUCAUCUUUUGCAGAGUCCAUGAACUUGCCUUUUGUAUUCAAGAUUCUGUAUUCGGAGAUGUGGGAGUUUGAGAAAGAUGGUCUGCAGUUAGAAGCCGGUGAAACAGUGGCUGUUUACAUGGUGUUCUGUCUCUUUACAUUAUCAGCUUGCUCUAAGGGUAUGGAGGCUUUACUAAGAGGGAUCAAGGAUCUCAAUCCUCGUGUUAUGAUAGUUGUCGAUGUAGAGGCAGAUAUCAAUGCACGGGCUUUCAGUGCUCGAUUCAAGGAGGCUCUCCUCCUCACCUGUGCAUUGUUUGACAGCCUAGAGGCUUUCCUGGGACAGGCGAAUCAUUACAAAAAGAUAGUGGAGAAGCUCCAUUUUCAGGAGGUGAUCUGCAACGGUGUUCUGAGUGAAGAUGAUGAUGGUUUUAACCGAUGUUUUAAGAUUGAUUUCUGGAGGGAAUGCUUUGCAGGCUUUGGUAUAGUGGAGACAGAACUCAGCCAGCCAUCUAUGUGUCAGGCAAGCUUGAUGAUGAAAGCAAGUCCUAGCUGGAGUUGUUGUACGCUCAAAAUGAACGGGAAAAGUAUGCUUCUUGGCUGGAACGGCAUCCCAAUUCAGUUCGUGUCUGCUUGGAAGUUCCAGCAAGGAUGAAGCAUCACAAAAGCUCCGAAUCUGUCCCAUUAUUAGCACUGCCAAAUUCAAGAAAAAGUCUUGAAACACUUGAAUGCAUCUCAAACACUUACUAAGGAGCUCAGAUGGUUCUUGAAAAUUACAUGGAGCCUAUCUGUAGAUAUAAAUCCUGCCAGGAAGGUGGCACUGGCAGGAGAUUCGACAAAAAUCUAGGCCAUUAGGUAAGUCCUAGAUUCUGCCAUUUUAUAAAACUCCAUCUCUUAUGUCCAGACAUACUUAAAAUAAAAUAGCUCCCAUCUUUGGAGUUUUCAGUUAAUGAACACUACUAUUUGUUGGAGUCAUCUUAUUGGAUAAAUGCUGAGACGGCACUUGUUCAUGUCU